CCUGUGACCUCACGCUGCUUCCGAGCAUUUUUCUGUGCGCUUCGGACUCAUGCUGGGUGCACAUUUCGAUGCUUCACAGGCUCUGGUGCAUCCGCAACGCUUGUUGGAUUCACUCGGGCACUAGCCACCCACACGGUCACACUGAAUUGUGUUGCUUCCCUGGAAUGUGCUAUAGUGGCAAUGUUGCUGCGUGGUGCGGCCGCAAGUGGAUCCUGGAUGUGUCUAGAGGGCUUCAGCCGGCUCCCCCCUGAAGUGAUCUCGGUCACUAUGGCCGAAAUUAGUGAGAAUUUUGUAGUAGCACUACGAGACGGGUUAAAUAUGUCACCGUUCCAAACACAUGGAGCUCUUUCAAGGGGAAUGACUCGAACUUUUGUGAUCGAAUGCGACUCUGGUGUAGUUGAUGUAAAAUUUACAAGCGAUAUACGGGAAAUAUUUCGUCCUGUUUCACUUGGCAUGCCGGACCUCGUUAGCAUAGGGGAGAUUUUAUUGUGCGCUCAUGGUUCAUCACGCGCGCAGGCGCACUUUUUGGCCACACAUGUUUCCCAAUCACUGAGACUUUGCGCAGAGUUACUUUCAGGGCGUGAAGCACAUUAUAAAUUUGGGCUUAGAUUGAUGAACACGGUCAUAGUUACCGUUGCCUCCACGAUGAGGAGGCAAGGCUGUUUUGUGGACGGUGUCGAAACCAAGUCCAGCCUGACAGACGCCAUUCUCAUGCGAGCACUGAUUGACAUUGUAGAGUCUGGGAUUGCAUUACGCGAUAUUGAAUUAUUCAAAGAGAUUUUGAAGUCGGUGUUUCGUGGAGUUCCCCUACUAGAACGUGAUCUGAGCGAAGAUUUUGUCGCGGCAUUUAGAGAGGCAUGUAAGGAGCGAAAACAAUUGCCGUUAGACGGCUUUUGCACAAAAGUGAUGCAUCUCUAUGACGCAAUUACUUCGUGGCCUGGCGCUGGUCUUAUUGGUCGCUCAUUUUCCGGGAAGACAAGUACUUGGAAAAAUCUAAUCACCACGAUAGGUCUACUGAAGCCUCAGAACAAGGUUGCCGUCGCAUCCCUUGUCACCUAUCCAGGUGCUCUAACCUUGGAUGAGCUCUACGGGACGUUUCAUCCGGAAAGUCGUGAGUGGACGGAUGGCAUUUUGUCGAGUUGCUAUCGCGAGCUAUCGCAGAGGAGCGUCCGCGAUGUUCCAAGAAAGCGCCAAUUCCUUGUAUUGGAUGGUGCUGUUGAUGCGUCCUGGACUGAGCAACUCCACGGUGCUCUGGAUGACUCUGCUACUCUGUGCUUGACAAACGGUGAAUUUAUUCAUCGGAGUAAAAAUUUAUCUGUCUUAUUCGAAUCUGAGUCUCUUUAUGCUGCUGCCCCUACUGUGGUGAGCCGA